AUAAAUAUUAAAAAAUAAUAUUAAAAAUCAAAGGGCAUUUCGCUGAGAGGGGAAGUGAAGGUGAAGGAAAAACUGAAUGAGACUUGAUGCUGAUCCUUUGAGGCACGGUUAAAUCUACUUAGGAUAACAGCCCAAUUUCGCCGAACUGAUUCAUUCCUGAAAUUCAGCGAUCGUAUAUCUCAUUAGCAGGCUCUCUCCACAGUUCGCUGUUCCAUGCAGCUAUUUGCGAUGCGAUCGGAGUGGUUGUAGAGGGAUACAGAUUUCUGUGCAGACGCAUAUUUCAGAUCUUCUGAAGACGUAGAAGAUCUGAAGCUUCCGGAAUGAGCGCGUCCAGAUUCAUCAAGUGUGUGACGGUCGGCGACGGUGCCGUCGGCAAGACAUGCCUCCUGAUUUCCUACACAAGCAACACUUUUCCUACGGAUUACGUUCCCACUGUAUUUGACAAUUUCAGUGCCAAUGUAGUUGUCAAUGGGGCUACAGUUAACCUUGGGCUGUGGGAUACUGCUGGACAGGAGGAUUAUAAUAGAUUAAGACCGCUGAGUUAUCGUGGAGCUGAUGUUUUCAUUUUGGCAUUUUCUCUCAUUAGUAAAGCCAGCUAUGAAAAUGUAUCCAAAAAGUGGAUCCCUGAGUUGAAACAUUAUGCCCCUGGCGUGCCAAUAGUUCUUGUUGGAACUAAACUUGACCUUCGUGAUGAUAAGCAGUUCUUUGUAGACCAUCCUGGUGCUGUUCCGAUAACUAGUGCUCAGGGAGAGGAGCUCAGGAAAUCGAUCGAUGCCUCAGCCUAUAUUGAAUGUAGUUCAAAGUCACAGCAGAACGUGAAAGGAGUGUUCGAUGCUGCAAUUAAAGUUGUGCUCCAACCACCCAAGCAGAAGAAAAAGAAGGGAAAAUCUCAGGCCUGCUCCAUUUUGUGAUCAACAUAUAUGUAGGUCCAAGAAUAUUCCGAUUUACGCUAUCCUCAAUGAAUUUCCCUUUUAUUUGCCUUUGUUUCCGGUCCUCCUCGGGUGUGACAUGAAGCUCUUAAGUGCCAUGGUCACAUGUUGCAAUGAUGAAAAACAUUUGAUUUUCUUUAUUAAUGAUGACAAACAUGAUUUAAUGACUAACGUUUAGGACAGUGGUAUUGCCUUUCAAUUU